CUCCAUGCGUAUUUUACGUAGCGCCUGCCCCGCCGCCGGCUCCUUCCGUACUCCAAGUGCGCGGCGCGGCGCCCCGCUAACGCACGGCGCUCCGCAAAGUCUGCCCGGCCGCCUCCCGCCUUACGCAAAUCGCGUAUGUCCAGACCACCCACCUGUGGCAACGCUACAACUGCCGCCCCCUCCCCGCGGGCACCCAGGCCUCGCAGCGCCCCGACGGCGGCCGGGGGAAGGGCCCCAGGUUAGUCCCGCAGCCUGCGAGGCGCCGGCCUCCGCCCUCGCUGCCUCCACACACACACACACACACACACACACACACACCCGCGGUGCUGCCACCUCGCGUGAAGCCGGGCGCGAGUGGGGCCGCCCGCCUGCCUUUGUGUGGUGGUGGUGGCCGCGAGGUAGGUGCCCCGCGGGUGGCAGCUCCGCGCGAAGCCGGGAGGGCCGGGGUGAAGCAGGCCUCGCCGCCUCACGCUCGCCCCCGGGGCAGCGCUCCACGUGCCCUCGGCUCUUGAGGACAAGUGCGAAGGGGACGCCUUGCCCUGCUGCACCGCGCCGAGGGGACGCUCGGCCCGCAGGUUGGCUUCGCCGUGAGGUGAGCGGUGCUGAGCUGCGGCCGGUGGCAGCUUCUAAAAGCCUGCGGGUCAUCGAGGAGCGGAGCCCGGACAGCACCGGCAGCGGGUGAGCGGCGCUGCUCGUGAGGACAAGCGCGACAAGGAGCGAGGGGCUGCGCUGGUGGCUCAGUGACCAGGCAGCUGCGAGGUCUUGCUCACGCCUGUGAGGAGGACCUUGGCCGGCGAGCGGCGGCCAGGACGAGGUUCAGUUUGUCAGGUCUCUGAAGAACCAUAAUCGAAGGCAACUCUUAACCGGCUCCGCGUCGCUAGGAACCAGUGCGAAGGCCGCCCCGUUGUGUUGGUGUUUACAAGCGGUACAGGAUAGGGAAAAAGAAGAUGUCAGGUCGUCGUGUCGCCGCGGCAUGUGACAGGCGGCAGCUGCCAAGGGGCAUGGGCAGCAUGGCAGCGCCCCUCCUCGACCCGCGUCCGCUUCGACUGCCGUUUCUUGAGGCUGACAGCCGCCUCCCAUCGAUGUGCGGGCGCUCGAUGCAGCAGCCCUCGCGCCGCAGCGUCCUGCGGGCCCGGCCGCCGCCGCCGCCUCCUCCCCUACCGCCGCCGCCCAUCGAUGCGCUCCGCGCUCCGGUCGCCAUCUUAGGGGCAGAGCGAGGGAGGCAGAAGGAAGGGUCGGCCCCUCCGAGGCACUCCUUGCUCACAAUGUAUAGAACAAAAGUCAGCUUGAAAGACCGUCAGCAACUUUAUAAAUUGAUAAUUAGUCAGCUACUAUAUGAUGGAUACAUAAAUAUUGCCAAUGGCUUAAUAAAUGAGAUAAAACCACAAUCAGUCUGUGCACCAUCUGAACAACUGCUGCACCUGAUUAAAUUAGGAAUGGAAAAUGAUGACAGUGCUGUUCAGUACGCAAUUGGACGGUCGGACACAGUAGCUCCAGGCACAGGAAUUGACUUAGAAUUUGAUGCAGAUGUACAGACCAUGUCUCCUGAGGCUUCUGAAUAUGAGACUUGUUACGUCACAUCUCAUAAGGGACCAUGUCGUGUGGCUACGUAUAGCAGAGAUGGGCAGUUAAUAGCUACAGGAUCUGCCGAUGCCUCAAUAAAAAUUCUUGAUACAGAGAGAAUGCUGGCUAAAAGUGCUAUGCCUAUUGAGGUCAUGAUGAAUGAGACAGCACAGCAAAACAUGGAAAAUCAUCCUGUUAUUCGGACUCUGUAUGAUCACGUGGAUGAAGUUACAUGUUUAGCUUUUCACCCAACAGAACAGAUCCUUGCAUCUGGUUCAAGGGACUACACACUUAAGUUGUUUGACUAUUCAAAGCCUUCUGCCAAAAGAGCCUUCAAAUAUAUACAGGAAGCAGAGAUGUUACGCUCAAUCUCUUUUCACCCUUCGGGAGAUUUCAUUCUUGUUGGUACCCAGCACCCAACUUUACGACUUUAUGAUAUCAAUACUUUCCAGUGUUUUGUGUCUUGCAAUCCUCAAGAUCAGCACACAGAUGCCAUUUGUUCAGUAAAUUACAAUGCAAGUGCAAACAUGUAUGUGACAGGAAGUAAGGAUGGAUGCAUCAAACUGUGGGACGGUGUUUCAAAUCGCUGUAUCACUACUUUUGAGAAGGCGCAUGAUGGAGCUGAAGUCUGUUCAGCUAUUUUUUCCAAAAAUUCAAAGUAUAUCUUGUCAAGUGGAAAAGACUCUGUAGCUAAACUAUGGGAGAUAUCCACUGGUCGAACACUGGUCAAAUACACAGGAGCUGGUUUGAGUGGACGGCAAGUACACAGAACACAAGCUGUCUUCAACCACACAGAAGACUACGUGCUGCUUCCAGAUGAAAGGACCAUAAGUCUCUGCUGCUGGGAUUCAAGAACUGCUGAACGGAGAAAUCUUCUUUCUCUUGGGCAUAACAGCAUUGUUCGCUGUAUUGUCCAUUCUCCUACCAAUCCUGGCUUCAUGACCUGCAGCGAUGACUACAGGGCUAGAUUUUGGUACAGAAGGUCAACAACAGACUAAGGACACUUUUAUAAAACAGUGAUUAUCCAGAUUCAUUAUAUCAUCUUGUAUUGAUUGUACUGCCAACAGAUGCCUAGAUGAGAGCCACGCUGUGUCUGUUUUCUUGUCGUUUUUUUAAUUCUGUCAAACGUGGCAGAAAAAUCGUGGAACACCAGGAUGAAGUUUUGCCCCACGCUAAUUUUUUAUUAGUGUGUGGGACAUUAAUUUUUGUAAGUCAUCUCUAAUUUUACUCAAGGAGUUGGGGUGCGGAAUAAAAUGAUCCUUGCAGGAAGGAUUGUAUUCUCCCAUCUCUCUGAAUCCUGCAAAAGAUAAUGUGACUAGAUCUUGCUCAAACUGGGCAGUAAGAGCCAGUUUUGCUCUGCAUUGUAUCUGUGCAAUCCCACUGAAGUCUGUUUAAAGAAUGGAUUACACAAGUAACAGCAGAACUUGGCAAAUAUUUUAAUGAAGCCUUAAGCCGUCUUCAGUAAAGCUCUGUUUUGUAUCUUUUAGUCUUCUUUUUUCCUCCAGUUCGCCAAGUGGACCUUUGAUUCUGAGCCAGUCUUGUGCUAUAAGAAUUCAAAACACAAUUUUAAACUGUUUAGAUGAAUUCAAGCAAUAGUGUUCUAGUUCUGAUAUUAAAACUCAGAAUUGAAAUCU